CCUUUACGCACAUAGCUCGCCAGGUUUUUUCCCAACACCAAUCCACUCUUCCCCCUUUUCUCCACUCCCCUCUGCUGUCCCCACCCCAGAUUCCCGUGCAAUUUUCCCCAAUCCCAAACACUUAAUUGAGCAAUUGGGAUUCCUCACGUGUGGGCUGAUUUGUAGUUUGAACACGUGGCUCAUUCAAAAAAGCCGGAAUAGCGGAGGAUUUUUUUUCUCCCCCCUUCUUCUUCUUCUUCUUCUUCUUCUUCUUCUUAUUCUAGGCUCUAGACUUAGAGGCGGGCGCCAGCCUUACCGUGUGUGACAUUCUCUGUCUCUUUGCCAAGGGGUUUGGAGGAAGACACAAAGUAGUUUCUCCUCCUUUUCACCCAGCCCGCCAUCGUUUGGAGACACCAGAUUAAUAAUUGAGCAUUUAUUUAUUGCGCGAUAGAGACAGAGGGGCGAGGGAGAGCGAACGCACUGUGAGGCUGCCAGUUUAAAUCUAUCUGUGGCUUGAACGACCGGGAAGCACGCCACAGCCACUCCGUAGUAGUAAAGGCGAUUUAGGCUACUCCAAACACUGCACGUCCGAGAGUGCAAAUAACUAUCUCUCCCUCAGCGUAAAGAUUGUCCCUUUUCGGCGCACAACAUGAAUAAGCUAUACAUUGGCAACGUGGACGUCGAGGUGAUCGAGGAGGAGUUAGAAACUAUCUUUGUGCAGUGGAAGAUUCCGUAUACUGGUCCAUUUCUUGUCAAAACUGGCUAUGCGUUUGUGGAUUGCCCGGACGAGAAGUCUGCAAUGAAGGCCAUCGAUGUUCUUUCAGGUAAAGUUGAACUUCAUGGGAAAGUUCUCGAAGUGGAGCACUCGGUCCCUAAACGUCAAAGGAGCUGUAAGCUGCAGAUCAGGAACAUCCCGCCUCACAUGCAGUGGGAGGUUUUGGAUGGUAUGCUUGCUACGUAUGGUGCAGUAGAGAGCUGUGAACAAGUAAACACUGACACAGAGACUGCAGUAGUCAAUGUUCGAUAUGCAACCAAGGACCAGGCCAGGCUGGCGAUGGAGAAGCUGAAUGGAUCUAUGAUGGAAAACUAUGCCUUGAAAGUAUCUUAUAUCCCAGAUGAGACUGCAGCCCAAGAGGGUCCUUCAGCAGGAGGCAGGAGAGGCUUUAACGCCCGUGGAACCCCUCGUUCUGGCUCUCCUGGUCUGGGCGCCAGGCCCAAAGUGCAGUCAGACAUCCCGCUGCGCAUCCUGGUUCCCACACAAUUUGUCGGGGCAAUUAUCGGCAAGGAGGGCACUACGAUCCGUGACAUCACCAAACAGACCCACUCAAAGAUUGACAUCCAUAGGAAAGAGAAUGCAGGUGCAGCGGAGAAGCCAAUCACAAUUCACUCCACCCCUGAAGGCUGUUCGAGCGCUUGUUCUGCUAUCAUGGAGAUCAUGGCAAAGGAGGCCAUUGACACAAAGUUUACUGAGGAGAUCCCGCUGAAGAUACUUGCACACAACAACUUUGUAGGAAGAUUAAUUGGGAAAGAAGGACGCAACCUGAAGAAAAUCGAGCAGGAUACGGGCUGCAAGAUCACAAUCUCAUCCCUGCAGGAACUGACUCUGUACAACCCAGAGCGGACCAUCACAGUGAAGGGCCCCAUCGAGGCAUGCGCAAAAGCCGAGGAGGAGGUGAUGAAGAAGAUCAGGGAAUCCUAUGAUAGUGACAUGGCUGCUAUGAAUCUCCAGUCUAACCUGAUUCCAGGUUUGAAUCUGAACGCUCUGGGUUUAUUCCCCGGUGGAGGACCAGGCAUGGGUCCCUCCAUGUCCAGCGUCCCACCUCCUGGAGCCCACGGUGGAUGCCCGUCAUAUGGAGGACAACCAGAGUCGGAGACGGUGCACCUCUUCAUCCCUGCACUCGCAGUGGGAGCAAUCAUCGGAAAACAGGGUCAACAUAUCAAGCAGCUGUCACACUUUGCCGGAGCCUCAAUCAAAAUUGCCCCAGCAGAAGGAAUGGAUGCCAAACAGAGGAUGGUCAUCAUUGUUGGACCGCCAGAGGCUCAGUUUAAGGCUCAGUGUCGCCUCUUUGGCAAGCUGAAGGAGGAGAACUUCUUUGGACCCAAGGAGGAGGUGAAACUGGAGGCACACAUCAAGGUCCCCUCCUUUGCUGCUGGACGGGUCAUUGGGAAAGGAGGAAAAACGGUAAACGAGUUGCAGAACCUGACCUGUGCAGAGGUGGUAGUACCCAGGGACCAGACGCCCGAUGAGAACGACCAGGUUAUAGUGAAAAUCAGCGGUCACUUCUUUGCAUGCCAGCUGGCCCAGAGGAAGAUUCAGGAGAUCCUGGCACAGGUGAGGAGACAACAGCAGGUCAAGCCUGCACCUGGAGCCCAACCUCCAGUGCCCCGCAGGAAGUGAAGAUCCAGCAGACCUGGAGGAACGGUGACUGAAUCUGCCAGAAGACUUGUCAGAUGGACUGAUGCAGCAGAGUCCAGGGGGAGAAGGAGACGACAAGGGGUCGUAACACACAUCUCAGGGGUCAAAGGUUAUCAGAACCUAACCAAACACCCGCCCCUUUUUUGUCUUGCUUGGAGAACUUUCAAGUGUGGCUAUAAAGAGACCCCACGCCUCUGAACCUCCACCUCACCUCACCUCUCUGCAUCUCUGUGAGAAUGUACUUCUGAGGGCUACCAACAACGUCACCCGCUCUCACACGUACACACCCCUCGACCGCUCUCCUCCCCCCUCCCCCACGGGUGUGUUGAAUUUAUAUUUUGUCCUAUUUUUACACUAGAAACACAAAGAAGAAAUAAGGAUCCCCCCUCCUAUCACCUCCUCGGUGUGGUACUUCAAACCUGACAAGAUGUUUGGUUGACUUCAGAUUUAGUUGAAACUUUUUUUUUUUAGUGUUUAAUUGGUUGAUGAAGCUUUCUCAUGAGUUUUUUCUGUGGAAAGGAAAAGGCAUUGCUAUUGAGGUCCUGUUUGGACCAACAGAGAGGUUUAUUUUGGGGGAGGGUUGGCUCAGAUUGGGUGGGCCAUGUUUAGGGGAAAGAUUCUUGUUUCAGGACAGGACCCCUGAAAGGGUGGAUUAUAUUGGGCGUCCUGCCCUUGUAAUGAUAGUGGCAUUUUAUAAAUUUGGAUGCAUUUUAUAGAUAGACCUAUAUACAUAGAUGAAUAUAUAUUUAGAGGUGAGGGCAGCGCCAUGACUGACACUUAGGGAAACAGUGCCGAACUGCUGCUGCCCAGGAAAACCAAUUUAAUAUGCAUUUUACUUAACUACCUCAGGAUCUAGUACCUCAGAAGAGAAAAGAAAAUGAUUAUAUAUAUAUGAAAAAAUGUUCCUUUCUUUUUUAUUUUGCUUUUGUGGUAUUUUGUAUACUUUAUAAAGCUGAUAGUCUUUGAACAUUUUUAUUUUUUUAAGAAAAUUUAAAAUUUGGUCAGCUGCCAACUGACCUUGCCUUCAACUCUGGUGCUUUAGGUGGCAUUGUUCAUGUGUAUGUGUGACUUAAGAUGACCCUGUACAUAAAGUCUGUUUGUACAUAGCAGCCCCGAAGCACGAGUUGGCGCCCCCUCAGCUGGCGGCUGACAGGAGUAUCGAGAGAAAAUCGCCUCAGUUUUUCCCCUGAGGGUCCACCAUCUUCUGAAUAGAAAAACUACAAAACAACUAAGACAUGCAAAUAAUGCCAACAGUACAUAACUGCAGCAAUGCCAUUUAGUUUUGGGAUUGACAUUAUUAUUGGUAAUGGUACUUUAAUUUGUCAGAAAUAGAUCCUUUUUGCCUUCCUGUGAGGGCUGUGGUCAGGGCAGUAUGGACUGUAACGCUCCUUCAGAGCGUCUGUUUUCUGUCUGUUCUGUUCUCAAACCAUCUGUCACCUUCUUUUACGAUGGCCUCCAACAAGGUCCCAGCCCGAGCAGGUUUUAUUUUCAUCGAGCAAGCUUUGUCAGCUCAGAGUGGCCCUUGUAGCCAGGCCAUCAGAGUCAAUGUUACCGUCGUUCACUGCAUGGUGAGGGUAGGGGGAGUCACACUGAUAGACGCAUAAGUGUUUUGUUUUUUGCGCUAUAGGAAACAAUGAUUUAAACAUUCUCUGUAUCCCACAAAUGUAACUCUUAGUUGAAACAGGGAAAACGAGCCAGAAAAGGCCCACAAAUACUGACUGAACUCUCACUGGGGGUAAGAAAAAAGGAAAGGAAUCCAAAACUUAAUAAAUAUACGAUUUAUUUCAUUUUGUCUCUUCAUGCCGAAUGUAAAUAUGUUGAUUGUGGUAAAAGUGCUCGAGUGUAUCCAUGCUUCCACAGUAGAACGCCGUCUACCUCAGCUGAGGGGGUGGGGGGUUGUUGUGGCACUAGGCACCCACCCCACCCUGCCCCCACUGAGCGCCAGCGCGCACUGAUACCUCAGCCCCCCUCCCCUCCCUUUCCCAACACUUCUUUCUACAUGGGCGUGCCAUCCUGACACCGCGCUUAACUGAGGGGCCCAAGUGAUACUUAAAAUUAUCCCUGACACCUCCUGCUUUCCCGCCAAACUGCCCCCCUCCCCAUCUCACCCCUCUCCCCUCCUCUGCAGUUUGUUUUGAUCUACCUCUUUAGACAUGUAUUUGAAGUAGAGGCAUUCUUCUAUUUGUUAGGAUUUAGCCCCCCCACCCCUCCUUUUUGCCCCCCAUGCUUUCCCAGAUAAAAAUGAAAAUUAAACUAAAAUCAUGUACUAUUUAGAAUUGAGAGAAAAAUUGAAAAGUGAUCAAAAAUAUUUUCUUUGCCAGUGUUUAUAUAUACUCUUUUUGGCUUAAUUGAAAUCCUCAAACGAUGGUUCUUUCUUUCUGAUUUCUAAUUUUUUGGUGGUGUGGCUUACAUGUAUUUGAACUUUUGCUUGGGUUUUUUGUGAAAAAAAGGUCAAAUCACGUGUUUGAUUUUGCAUUCAAUAGUUAAAUGAGAAAAUACUUUUCUUUUCUUAAAAAAAGGGCCUGUCUCUUUUUUGUUUCUGAUUUGUAAGACUUCAAAAUAGAUAACAAGUCCUGUCUUUUUUCCCUUUUUGUCUUUCACUGAUGCUACACUCACUCGCUGAUUUGGUAGCUGUUUUUCUUCUGUUAGCAUUUCUUGGCUGUGUAACGUGAAACAUCCUCUUGGUAUGAGACAGAUUUGAGGGACUGGGUCUCUGAGUUUUUUUGGAAAAGUGAUCUAACUUCAGCAUGAUAUUCCCUCCUCCCCCUCUCUGCAACCAUGCUUGUGCCCCAUCACCUCCCCUUCACACACAGCUCCACUUGUCAAAUGCCUCUGAAUAAAAAAAAAUAAUCAAA